AUGAAUUGUUAUCUAACGCAACGUGAAUUUGUGGGUGAGGUAACACAAAGUGAUGAAGAUUGUCACGACUUAUUACGAAUGAACAUAGAGUGUUUUCAAAAAUUAGUGUACAUCCUUAGGGGUAUUGGAAGGCUAAAAGAUACUGUGCAUUGUAGUGUUGAGGAGCAAGUUGCAAUAUUCUUGCACAUAGUAUCACACAAUGUCAAGAACCGUCCUGCAAAACGCUACUAUAAGUGGUCUAGUGAAACCAUGUCCCGAUAUUUUCAUAUGGUCUUAGAUGCAAUUAUAAGCAUGGAAGAUAAUUAUUUAAAGCAACCUUCAGUUCAAAUGGAGACUCCUAAAGAGAUACAUGACAAUCCUAGAAUGUGGCCAUAUUUUAAGGAUUGUGUGGGAGCAAUCGAUGGUGCACACCUUCAUAUAAAAGUUUCUACUGAACUUGUAGCUCGAUUUCAUGGGAGAAAACAAUGGCCGUUACAAAAUGUAUUAGCAGCUUGCACAUUUGAUUUGAGGUUCACUAACGUCUUAGCUGGAUGGGAAGGGUCAGCAUCUGAUUCUAGAAUCUUAGGUUGUGCUAUUAAUAGGGAACAUGGAAUCACAUGUCCUCUAGGAUUUCCUUUACUUAAGCAUUACAUUACCCCAUUUCGAAGUACAAGAUACUAUCUAAAUGAAAUUAGAGAGCCAAUGUUUAGCUAUACAACUCAAAGGAAGUUAGUAAUUGCUGCUUGUCUCAUGCACAAUCAUAUUCGAGGAGUGAUGCCAUAUGAUCCACUUCUAAAUAUUGUUGAUGGAGAGAUUAACAAUGAAACUGCUCCUAUUCAUGAUAUCGUUGAUGAAAUGGAGGCACAUGAAUCUCAACAGCCCAUAGGAGAUGGGAAGAAAAGAGGAAAUAACAUAGUUUGGUCUAAAGAGAUGGAUAAGUGCCUUAUUUUAGAACUAAUGCAUCAAGCUAAUGAAGGGUACAAAGUGGAUAAGGGCUUUAAAGAUCAAGCUUAUAUUGUAGCUUGUUCAUCUUUAAAUUCAAGCUUUAACCUUUCUCUCAGUCGCGAGCAUUGUGUUAAUCGCUUAAAAACUAUUAAGAAAAAAUUUAGAUUGGUACAGGAAAUGUUGAGUAAAAGUGGAUUCUCUUAG